UCUGAAUCCAAAAUCAUGCUCAUCAUAUAUGCUUUGGCAGACGUACAACAGUACCUACACACUUCCUGCGCCGUUUUGCUAAAGAUGGCAUCAACAUCAUUCACAUUUACCGACGUCAGUAAAGAAUCAGUUGAUUGGAACGUAAAUUCUAACAACAUUCUGGUGCAAUUGAAUGAUUGGACGGACUACCCGUUGGAUGUUACGCUCCAGCCACCAACUCCAAUGUUUGUGUCCGCCAAAUAUCGCAACUACGCGCAACAAGUGAGAGACUUUCAAGUGUACGAAGAUGAUGUGUGGAUCGUGACAUUCCCUAAAAGUGGUACUACAUGGACAGAGGAGAUGGUCUGGCUUAUUAAUCACGAUUUGGACUACGAAACAGCGCGCAACGUCAGAUUAAACACUAGAUCAACAUUCUUUGAGUUCGGUGCCAUUGCAGAUCGUUAUCCGAUUAAUACGAUUAAUAUCGCAUCCAGCAGCCAACGUCCGCGUCAGAUCAAAUCACAUCUCCAGCUACCGCUAUUACCGCGUCAACUGUGGACAGUAAAGCCACGCAUCAUCUACGUCGCACGCAACCCAAAGGAUGUGGCCGUAUCGUAUUUCCACCAUUGCCAAAAUUUGGUUGGCUAUCGGGGAGCAAAGGAAGACUUUUUUGAGGAUUUGCUUAACGAUCGUGUAAUGUUUUGUCCGACGAUACAGCAUGUGCUUAACUUCUGGUCAUUAAGUGAUGAACCGAACGUCCUGUUUCUAACCUACGAAAGCAUGAAACGCGAUUUGAGAGGGCUUCUACCAAAGGUGUGUCAGUUUCUAAACAAAUCUUACAACGACACUCAGCUCGAUGAACUAGCAGUGCAUCUUUCGUUUAAAGAAAUGAAAAAAAAUCCGGCCACUAACAAAGAGGAAACGGUACGCAGCGCCCUACAGUUAAACCAUCGUGAAGGUGAAAACUUUGAAUUCAUGCGCAAAGGAAUAGUGGGUGAUUAUCGCAACGAGAUGCCGGAGGAGUACAUUAGACGUUUUGACGAAUUUGUAGCAGAACAAACUGCCGGAAGCGAUCUCAAGUUUGACUACGACUAGAAGGAAAAGCAUGAGUAGAUGAUACUCUCCAGUGCAAGCAACACAACCGUUUCCAGUUUAAACAGAUGAACCAGUUUUCAGUACCGAACCCCAUCUUGCAUCUCGCGAAUCGCUUUCACUAUCGCCAAUAGUAUGGUCAUUAAACUUGCACCACUUAUCGGUUACAUACGUGCCAUGCAUGGCCUUGUCCCAGGUCUAUGGCUUAAGUACAUAAGAAAUAAACUAUCUGUCCCAUUCCGCA